AUGAUUUCUAGAUUCACUCUCAAAUUUAAAUCGAAUUAAAUAGAAAAUGAAUAUAGAUAAGAAUAGCAUGUCCAUUUAAAAUCAGAAUUUACACUAUUUUCAAUAUAGACAAUUGUAUAAUAAGAACUUAUUUAGUUAUUUUUUGUGGCCUACAUUUUAUAUUACUUUUAAGAAAACACCUUUAAUUUGAUUGUUGUAACGAAUAUCAUAGUCUUUAUGGUUUUAAUACUCUUAUUGAAAUGCAUAAUUGAUAAGUAUCCUAAUUGUAAUAAAUAUAUUUUACCACUUCUACAAAUUUAUUUUGCUUACAUUUGGAAUCUUGAUAACUUUUUUCCAAUUGAAGUAACAGAUGACUCUUCUUACUAUUCAUUUACUUAUGACUACAAUUGGUAUUAUGGAAUGUAAGCAUUUUAUUUUCAUUUUGGUAAAUGGUAAUAUAAUCGUAGCCAUUAUGUAAUUAGGAUAUUAGAUAUGGCCUUAAGGAGUUGCUUUAUUGAUUAUCUAUUUUUAGUAUGUGACAUAUUAUCCUUCGAAAACUUUGGAAUAUUAUGCUAUGUGUUUAACAAUAUUUUUGGUUUUCAUUGGAUUAAUAAUGAUGAAAUAUACAAAUGAAAAAACAAGGCGUAUGUAAUUCAGAAAUAGUAGAGAACAAAACAAUUGGAUAAAAAUAAUUGAUUAAAUUCUAGAGUAAUCAGUAUUAGUAAUUAAAUUUGAUGAGAAAUAAGAUCAAUUAAUAUUAUCUUCAAUUAAUGAUUUAUCUAAAUAGAGAUUGAAAAUAUCAAAUAAUAAAGAGUUGAGAAUAGUCUUAAGAGAUGUAUUAAAUUUUAUAUAAUUUUAAAGAUGCUUAUAAUAUAAGAAAAGAAUAGAAAUAUUGAAGCUAAAAAAGGUAAUUUGGAAGAGGAAAUAAGAGAUAUUAUUAAAAAUUAGAAAUAGAAAUUAACAUAAUAUUAAUUAGAAGUAAGAUCAUAAUAACAAAAUAAAGAAUUAAAAGUUAAAUUAAUUCAAUCAAUUAUGUAAGAGGAAGAUUGUGUAAUUUUGAUUUUUGAAUAAAAUUAAAAGAAUUAAAUUCGUGAUUUCUAAUAAGUAAUUAAGUAUAAAGAAACAUUCAUCUUAUUCAUAUUAUAAUAAUUGACUACAUAGUUAAAAACUAUCAAAACUAGACUUUAAAUUAUUCUUUUGGUUAUAAACAUCUAAUAAAUUAGAUUAUUUUUUAAUUAUUAAGAUAUACGAAAUAGAAAAGGUUGGAUUCAAAUUAAUUAAAUAUAAAAUUAAAUGAAUUUAUUAUUACAAAAGAAAAUUGAAUUUAAUUUCAAUAACUCAUUAUCAGGAUUUAUUACUAAUUAAAUCUACUUUUUUAGCAUAUUAAUAAGUUUUGCUUAACUUUUUGAUAAAUUAUAAAAAAUUACAAUAAAAAAGAGAAAUGAAUUGAAUUAAGAUAGAUUAAAAGUAACUUUAGAAGGAUUUAUGAUAGAUACUCUAUCUAAUUCUAAAAUUCUUAAAUAAAAUUUAAAUUUUUGUCUAAAUUCUGAAUAAAAUUAUAAAAUCGUUUUAUAAAAUUUGAAAAAAACAAUUGAUGAGAAAACCAUUGAAAAUUAAAAGAAAGCUUAAAUAAUAUCAAUUUAUUUAACUAAAUUUUUAUUAUGGAAUGCAUGGAGAGAGUGUAAUAUCAAAAUUAAACUAAAUAAUGGUUUAACUAAUCUGUCAUUUGAAUUUUCAUUAUGA